GUAAUUUAAAAAAGAAGCACUUCCGGAGGGACGUUUCCUGGCGGCCGGAAGUAACUGGAACGUCUCACGUUCCCCUUUUUACGUCGUUCUCGCGAUGCCUUGUGGGAGUUGUGGACCUGGGUGGGCGGUGCUGCGGUGACUACAUGGUACAUUGCAGAAUGUGAGAAUAUGGUGGUUCAGGAAAAAGAGCUUCGAGUUGCAUUUCAUAAAACAUGACUCAUUGUGCCUCUUGUUUCAGGGCAAGAAGAGUUGAUUUAGUGAUCUAAAUGGACGCGAUACUGAAUUACAGGUUGGAAGACACUGAAGACUACUACACGUUACUGGGAUGUGAUGAACUGUCUUCGGUGGAACAGAUCCUAGCAGAAUUUAAGGUCAGAGCCCUGGAAUGUCAUCCCGACAAGCAUCCUGAAAAUUCCCAAGCAGGAGUUAAGCCACAAUGUCUCUCAAAGGUUUCAGCAUCAUUUGCUCGUAUAAGCUUACAAAAUGAGAUCUCUCUUCCCAGAACUGUGGAGACUUUUCAGAAAUUGCAGAAGGCAAAGGAGAUUCUAACUAAUGAAGAGAGUCGAGCCCGCUAUGACCACUGGCGAAGGAGCCAGAUCGCGAUGUCAUUCCAGCAGUGGGAAGCUUUGAGUGACUCGGUGAAAACGUCAAUGCAUUGGGCUGUCAGAGGUAAAAAAGAUCGAAUGCUGGAAGAACCUGACCAGACUCAUACCAACAAGAUUGAAAAUGAGGAACAGAACGAACAAAGAGAAAUAAAGAAAGAAGAGUUGGGUUCAACCACUGAGAAGAUGGAGCAAAAAGAAUCUGAGUCCUUGGAGAAGUCAUCCUCCCGACAGAGUCCAGAUUCUUCAAGUUUUUCAGAUGUGAACAGUUGGCACCUUCAUUUCCGCUGGUCUGGGGAUGCUCCUUCAGAACUCCUGAGGAAAUUCAGAAACUAUGAAAUAUGAAAUGUCCCUGCUCAGUAGGAGGGAGAGCGAGUGAGCAAGACCACCCCCUGUGCUGCCAACAUGCAGUCUUUGUCCAAAUCUUUAAAAUGUCAUGUUUAUAUGCCAUGUUUAUGAAUCGCUGAGUACCGAUUGAUUCCUUCACCCUUGAACCCAUUCUCACAAUAUGUCUUUUAAAUUAGAGAAAUUUCAGAAGAAAAUUUAAAAGAAAAUUUAGAAUGUUCUUUUAAUAUUAGAACAAAUUAAGCCUCUUAGAUCCAGAGUGGAUUGUAUUAUGUGUGUUUUCCAAUAAAUGUUAUUUAGAGAAAUCCAUUUUUAAAUCAAUCUCUGUAUUUAAAUAUUUCAUUGAUAUAUUAUGAUCUCUAUUAGUACGGAAUGUACAAGAAAUGUCUUCUGACUCUGGACUUAAAUUGAAAUGUGAAAUUACUUGUCUAAACCCCAUAGAAUGAAAUAAAUAAUUUUCCCAAAGUUCAUAAUGAA